ACCUUACCAAGCCCUAUCAUACCAUCAAAUUCCAUCAUCUUCAUCACUUUUCUUUCAUUUGACCUUACCUUACCUCACCUUUCAAUUCAUUUUUUCGUUUCCCAUCCCUUCAAAUCCCAUCAUCAUCGUCGUCAUGAUCGCAUCAUCUUAUCACCAAUAAACAACAACAAGAACAACAGCCAUGGCCGUCAAGUUUGCAACUCUCUGACAUAUAAUUAGAUUCCCAGUUUGGGUUGCGUUGGGCACUAUGGAAACUGAAAUAAUCCAGGGACCUUGGGGACUUCGCUCUCUACCUAAAUUCAUAUUGUGCACCAUUUCUGGGGCCCUCACCGUGUGUUUUGCCAUUGCUGGUGCCAUGACAGGAGCUAUAGCUGGUGCUUUAGCGGCUAAGGCUACAAGGAGCGGUCUUCUCCGGGGAGUUUCUUUGGGUGCCAUUGCCGGCUCUAUACUCUCAGUGGAGGUGUUGGAAGCUUCCCGUGCAUACUGGUGUAUGGAACAAACUGGCUCACGGGGAGCAUCAUCUAUGGCAGAUUUCAUAGAGGAACUUGUUCGGGGGAGGCUUGUUGAGGAAUCCCUUACACCAGCCAUUUUAACUGCCUACAAUUUGCAGUUUGAGCAGGUUGGCAUUGCUAAUGCAGGCUAUGAUGAGAUUCAUGAUGUUCAUGGCUUAGUGGCACCCAGAGGAUUGUCAGGAGAUUCGCUCAAGAGGUUACCACACCAUAUGAUCUCAAAGGAUAUGAAGGCAGAAAAUACUUGUUGUACAAUAUGUUUGCAGGAUAUUGAAGUAGGCGAAAUUGCAAGAAGCUUACCUCGCUGUCACCAUACAUUUCACUUGAUAUGUGUGGACAAAUGGCUUGUCAAGAAUGAUUCCUGUCCUGUCUGUAGACAGAAUGUGUAACUUGUUCCUUGUGCAUUCUGAGAUUAUCUUUAUGGGAAGAUGUAUAAGUUGUAUAAUUUGUUUUUAUAAACGGCAUUAAGUUUUGUACAGUUGACUUUGGCAUUUUGUAGUAUUAACUGAUGUAAUUAUUAAUAAGACUAUUUGGUAUGAAAGCCAAUGCCCAAUAACAAAUGUUUUGGGAGAAAAAGAAUUGAGAAAAUGGCAUGCUUUAAUAUUUGAAUGAAUGACUCUUACUUUCA